GGAGAGAAAGCAGACCGAGAGAGCGCUAGCGAGCAGAGCAGUGUGGCUGCCUUGCAAUGGAAUAAAAACUGCGCAAUUUCAAAUCUGCACUUCUUUGAUCCCGGUUUCCUCUCCAAAUGCAGCGGCGCUUUCCGGCGCGGGCUCGCCCGAUGCAGGAUGGAUAUGCAGGCAGCUGCUGUCAUCUGGUGUCGCGUAGGCACGGACUAGCGAUUUUUAACGAACCGUAUCGAUGUGUUUUUUAAAAGAUUUGCGUGAUCAUGCGGGCAACGUUGUAAUAGAAGAAUUGAUACUCGAAGACCAAUGAAGCCAAAUAGUACGUUACGCUUUGUGGUAUCUGGGUUAAGAUCCAUCGCUGUGCGGUACGCAUGAUAUGUGUGCAUAAACGUGCUCAUCUAUGCUUCGGUUUCAUAAUACAUGUCUGCGUGUACAGCGCGGGUCCAUGAAGACAAUAUGAAAUUACAUACACAUUUAGGUGCACGAUUCAUAUUUAACGUGGAUGCAUUUUAAAGAUGCGUUACUGCACAAAUGUCAGUCAUGAGGAAAACACAACACACGGAAUUAUUUUAAUCCCCUGCCCAUAUGCAACAUUUACGCUGACCAUGGCACCUCCCAGCAGAUAUCGGCGGUCAGCACCAGGGGGGCACCAAAAAAGCUCCUUGAAAUCUCAAGGCUGUGGGUUCUUUGGGAGACUUCAGCCCUUUGGGAGGUACCCAGACCGUCACCACAUGCGUCACCGCCAGCUAUCACCUGAUAUGUCCGUUCAAAGAGGAAGCUUUCCCUGGACUCAAGGUAUGAAGAAACCAGCGUGUGCCAGCGCAGCCCAGCAGGAGCAUGCGGAGGUUUCCUGGGGGCAUGUUUUAAGGAGACUAAAACUGGCAAAGGAUGGAUCCAUUCAGCACGAGCAAAGGUUUUGUGUUUUUGGAGUCCAGUGCAGCGUAGAGGGCCGACACGUGAACGAGCUCCUCCGAUUGGCUCCUGGGGACAGCACUGGGCGCACUCCUUAAAGGGGGUGGCAGGCACGAGCAAGACUGGUCUAGUGAUAUGGCAGCAAGAGUGGGACACCCCCUCUGGUGGGUGGAAGGUCCCAAACAUGGCCACUUACGAUAGGGCAGGAAGCAACACCCACCCACUGGAAAGAGGGGAACAUUAGACCACACCCACAGUGAAGACAGGAAAGAAAGAGGAGACGGGGCCAGUGUGUCCUGAAACUGAGGUCAUUAUGCUGAGCGGCUGAGGGGGAAUCGGCUUGGAUCACUGGCCGUGUUUCUGUUAGCCAACCGUGACACAUCAGAGCAGGACAUGCUACUUCGGAAUGGGGUUACGGGUUGGUGUUGGCACUGGGAGUAUGCGAGGAGAAACAGGAGGAGGAGGUAGAUGGAUGGUGUGGAGGAGAUGGGAAAGUGUGAAGACAAGGCUAGAGGGAGGAGACACCCAGGGGACAGGACAACAGUUGCCUUUGACGGAACUUCGCCGACUAGGAAUAGCGACGUGGGACAGUUGUAGGACGAGUUCACAUUUUCGACGAAGGUCGGCCCUGAGAGAACUGCGGCAGAUAGCGGACGGACGGACAGACGGACACUUCGCCCCUGUUUCCUGUGUGGCCCCCUCUGUGCUGCAGUGGAGGGCUUCACACACACAGCUAGUGUGGCUGGAUGCAUCACACGGCGGAGCAGUUUGGUGGCCGUAGCUCACGGGACUCUUUCCCCCUGUCCGAGCUGAACCAUGGAUCAUGGGCACCUGUGGCCGGCCGGCACUGGGGCCCUCCCCCCAGGGGUCUCCCCCCUGUCAGUCAGCCUCAGCUUCUUCACCUGCCGUCGGGUCACCUGACCGGGCCAAACCAUCCCAGUAAAUUCUUCAGCAGUGGGCGUCCUGGGGACAAGCUGGAACCAUCGCUCCGAGCUUCGUGGGAGUCCGCCGGGCUGAUGGGUCCCGAUGUUGGACGGGGCUACCAGAACCCCAGCCGGCCACACCACGAGUAUGGCCUGGCGGGCCGCCACAGCGCCUUGCUGAGGUUUGGUGGUCCUUACCAGCCACCGGCUUCCAGAAACCCUGCUCCCUUGGGCAGCAUGUGGAGUCCACUAGCACAACAGUCCCGGCCGUUUCCAGGAAAGAUUAUAGGCGCCCAGCUGAAGCGGCCCGCACCCCCCCUCGUGGAGCACUCCAUCAUCCAGCAUGCCCCGCCUCCACACCCACCCCCAAAUGAAGAGUGCCCCAGUCCAAGCAAGAGGAAGAGGACUGGCAGCUCCGAGCAGGCGCCUCACCCAGGAGGGCAGCGCCUCCCCCUGCUGCCACUGUCACCUUCUCACUACCCCCCGCCCAAGCCAGCCUUCUGGAGCCCGUUGCAUAAGGGCGGCGCCCCCUGGCCCGUGCUGGACCGGAAGAGCACCCCGGGGGACUUCCAGGAAGUACCCAAACCACCGAUUGGGGGCUUUUCUUACAAGUUCCCCCCCAACACCCCCUUGCCAGUCUCCCCGUCGCCUCUUAGCUCUCCAGCCUAUAGCCAGGGCCAUGGGGGCCCUCCUCCGCCGCUGGGGCACGGUGCCCACUUUCCCCCUCCCUUGCCCCUUCUCCCACUCGGCCGUGGCCUGCCCCACCCACGGGGCGCUGAAGGGGGCCAGCCACCCCAGGACAAAGAGAGGCUAGCACCGUCCCCAGCAAACUUUACCGGCGUGCCUUAUAGCCACCGCCAUCAUCAGCCGUCUCCUGGCAGUGGCCUUUCAGAAACUCAGCGCUGCCCCCCAGAGGCCUGGAGGCCACAUGGCCAGCAACCUCUCCAUACUCAGCAGUCAGGUCAGUACGGGACAGCGCCAGAAUCUCAGGGUACCCAGCACCAGAAUGGAGCCCAGGAAACCAGGGGGCCCCGGGCUGGCCAGCACGCUGCCCCCUCCCGCACCCCUGUUAUCACCUCCAGCCCCUCCAGCCUGUCCGCUUACAAAUCUCCAUGCCGACCCAGCCUAUACACAGGCAACAUGUCUGCCGUUCCUUCUGUAACCACAGCGCCCCCUGCUGUCUCCACUGCACCAAGCACUCACACUAGCUGGAGUGGGAAGGCGCCCGUGGGGCUGGUCCGGCCUGAGCUGAAAGGAAGCCCCCUCGACAGUGGCAGUUCCAGGGCUUCCGGAGGCUCCCACCGGCCACAGCCACUCUCCCAGGGAGCUAGGUCUUACUUCAAGGAAGGGCCUGGCGUUGCUGUCUCUUCCUGCUCCUCUCCAGGCUCAAGGCUGGAGCUCCCAGGUGACAGGCUCUUAGGCAGAGUCUCCGACCCUAUGACAUCGGCCUCGGCUGCAGCCCCUGCCCUGUCUCGCCCCCCCCUCCUCAGAGCUGCCCCAGUGGCACCUCAGAGCAUCGAGGAAGCCCUGGACAAGCUGGAUGCUGAACUGCAAGGCGUGGAGAAACGGCAGGAAUGGGAAGGGAUGAAGAAGAAGAGGGAUGAGGAAAAGGAGCAAAAGAAGGUGCAGGAGGGCCGGUGUGAGACGCGCCCCGGGAAUUCGGAGAGCCUUGGCCAGCUCCUGUCCAGCAGUCCCUUGGGACCCCCCCAAGCUAGCAGCAAGACCCCCUCACCCCCUACCUCCCAGCCCUCAGCUCCGUACCCCUGGCUGGGCCAGGCUGGAGCCCCCCCACAGCCUCAGGGCCCGGCCGAGAGGCCCCUGCCCCCACCUCUCACCCCACAGACAGACUCUGCCCGUGAGAAGCAGAGGCAGAGGGCUGAGUGGGCGCGGGGGGCCUCCCAAAGUCCCCAGUCGCAGGCUCUCUCAGGGAUCACCCGUCCCCCCGCCCUGGGUCUUCCCGCCUUGCCCACUCCACUCAUGCCCAGCCUAUCCAAAGACUCCCUCAAGGAGAUUUCGGGCAAAGAUUGCACAGCCUCUACCUUGCCGCAUCGAGACCCUCCCAAGCUCCUGCAGGCCCCCACCUCGUGCAGUGGUCUAGGCAGCCUCGGGAGCGGAGCCGCCGACUCGGACAGCGCCCCCUUUGAGGAGGAAUCCCCAGAGCUCUCUACUAUCCUGCCCGAUGGUCUGGCCAACAUCAUGAAGAUGUUGGAUGAGUCCAUCAAGAAAGAGGAGGAGCAGUACUCGGGUUCUGACGUGCCGUCCUACUCUCCUCCAUCCCCCCUGCCCCGUUACCUGUGUGCCCCCCAACUCCUGCCUGCUACCAAGCCAAACCCAGGGGAGGAUUUCGGCCCAGCGGGACACACCAGCCCCCCAGUGCUAAGCAGACAGGGCUCUCUGGCCUCCCCGUGCAGCCGCUCCUCCUCGCUAUGUGAGGAUGAAGAGGAGGAGGUCCCUCCGUCUUCGAAGACUCUUCACUCACCAGAUACCGGGACGGGACUGGCUACCGGCUACCGCUACAGUGACCUGGCCAAGCUGUACGGCCUCCCCGAGCCGGCUAAGGCAGAGGGCGACAAUGAGGAAGAGGAGGAGGAAGAAGACGAAGAGGAGGAUCAUUCCUGUUCCCCACCCCCUCAGCGGCCUCAUCUCCACCAGACCGGCAUGAGUAGUACAUUGCUGGAUUCUGAUGUAGAACGUCAAAAGUAUACGUAUCGUGGAGGCCCCUUUGGCAGGCCCCCUCCCAAUGCCCUCGGGGGUGUCAAGUACUCCUCUUCUCUCUCUCUGGGCCCAGACAUUUGCCGGCAGCAGCAGGAGAGCUCUGUGCAGCUUCCUGCUCAGCCAUGCCCUCCCCCUGGACCACCCAGCCAGGAACCGGCUUGGAGCAAGGCACAGAAGCGUGAAGAUGAUACCUUGGACAUCUACCAGAUGGAACACGAGGACACUAAAGGAACGCUGGGGGUCUUCCGAAAAGGGGAGAAAGGCUUCUCGGCCCUGAGGGACCCCUCAAAGGCUGACCCUGAAGCUGGGCCACCUCGGUCAAAGAUGAAGCUCACCACCAUCUCCGAGUCCUCGCUGGCUGAACUGGGUCGCAGCUGUGAGGUCCUGCUGACCCGACAUGGCAUGCCAAGCCGGACCCCGGCCGAGAAGGAGAGCCAGAAGACUGGGAAGGACAGGGACAGGGACAAGGAGAAGCGGAAGUACGAUAGCAAGAAACACCAGCAGAGGAAAGAAAGGAAGAAGAAGCACAGGGAGAGGAAAGAUGAGAUGACCUCCUCCUCCUCAUCCUCCUCCACCAUUUCCUCUCACUCUAGUUCUAGCCGCAAGCAUAAGGAGGGCAAAUCGCACAGGGACAAAAAAGGCCGGGAGGUCCUAGGGAAUGUCGACCUCCAGUGCAAGGAGGUCCGGGAAAAAGUCCGGUCUGCAGAGUCUGAAGAGAGGAGGAAGAGGAAAGAGGAAGGGGGCGUGCCAACUGAUGAGGGGGAGCAAGGCACCUGGGCGUCUUCAGACAGCGGUGCUGGAGUCAGCACGGUCAUCUCUGGCAGCGCCGCCCUAGGCAUGGGUCCGGCGGACUUGCUGAAGCUGAAAGCGCUGUCCGAUGGCCCUCCCAAGGAGCUGAAGAUACGACUGAUCAAAGUGGAGAGCGGCGACAGGGAGACCUUCAUCGCCUCCGAGGUCGAGGAGAAAAGAAUCCCCCUGUCAGAGAUCACGAUCAAGAACACUGCAGCGGAAGUGGUGCGAGCCUGCAAGGGGGCACGGAUUAAGGGCAAGUUCCGCGAGUCCUAUCUCCUGCCAGCCUUCUCCGUAAAGCCCGUACUGCCCAUGGGCCACCCCAUCCCACGCGAGAAGCUCAACCCGCCCACACCCAGCAUCUAUCUGGAGAGCAAGCGGGACGCCUUCUCCCCCGUGCUGCUGCAGUUCUGCACUGAUUCGAAGAACCCCAUCACCGUCAUCCGGGGCCUGGCCGGCUCUCUCCGCCUUAACUUGGGCCUUUUCUCCACCAAGUCUCUGGUGGAGGCCAACGCAGACCACGCCGUGGAGGUGCGCACCCAGGUGCAGCAGCCGGCCGACGAGAACUGGGACCCCAGCGGCUCUGCACAGACGUGGCCGUGCGAGAGCAGCCGCUCACACACCACCAUCGCCAAGUACGCCCAGUAUCAGGCUUCAUCCUUCCAGGAGAGCCUGCAGGAGGAAAAGGGCAGUGACGAGGAAGAUGAUGAUGAGGAAGAGGAGGAGAAAAAGACGAGCGUCCCGGAGCCCUUGUUCACUGGCCCAAGCACGGAACAGAAGCCAGUGGGCAAGAUAAUCAAAUUUGGCACCAACAUUGACCUCUCAGACCCCAAGCGCUGGAAGCCCCAGCUGCAAGAGCUACUGAAGCUGCCGGCCUUCAUGCGCGUCUCGUCCAGCGGGAACAUGCUGAGUCACGUGGGCCACACCAUCCUGGGCAUGAACUCUGUGCAGCUCUACAUGAAGGUCCCAGGCAGCAGGACGCCAGGCCACCAGGAGAACAAUAACUUCUGCUCUGUGAACAUCAACAUUGGCCCCGGGGACUGCGAGUGGUUCGCUGUGCAUGACAACUACUGGGAGGUCAUCAAUGACUUCUGUGAGAGGAAUGGAGUGGACUAUCUAACAGGCUCGUGGUGGCCAGUUCUGGAAGACCUUUACCGGGCCAACAUCCCAGUGUACCGCUUCAUUCAGCGCCCAGGGGACCUGGUGUGGAUCAAUGCGGGCACAGUGCACUGGGUCCAGGCUGUUGGCUGGUGCAACAACAUCGCCUGGAAUGUGGGCCCCCUCAACUCCUAUCAGUACCAGCUGGCUCUGGAGCGCUUCGAGUGGAAUGAGGUGAAGAAGGUCAAGUCCAUAGUGCCCAUGAUCCACGUGUCUUGGAACGUGGCCCGCACGGUCAAGAUCACCGACCCCGACACAUACAAGAUGAUCAAACACUGCCUUCUGCAGUCCAUUAAGCACAUCCAGAUCUUGAGGGACCAGCUGGUGGCAGCUGGGAAAAAGAUCUCCUACCAGAGCCGAGUGAAGGAUGAGCCCGCCUACUACUGCAAUGAGUGUGACGUGGAGGUGUUCGACCUGCUGUUCGUGACGAGCGAGAACGGCAGCAAGAAGAUGUACGUGGUGCACUGCGAGGACUGCGCACGUCUGCGCAGCCAGAAUUUCUCUAGCGUAGUGGUCCUGGAGCAGUAUCGCAUGGAGGAGCUGAUGGCAGCCUAUGACAGCUUUACCCUGGCUCCAGCCCCCAGCUCACGGUGAGGAGCUCCUCCUGUCUAACAGCCAUAACCAAAACUCCUGGUUGCCAGGACAACCCAAGCAGUCUUUUAAUAUUGUCAUUUUUGUUUUGUUCUUUUGUUUGUUUGUUUACAUUUACUACUGCUAGUACUUGCUGAACAGCCAAUCGAACGCCCGUUUACUCAUUGUUUACAAUACCACAUCAGCCAAUAAAAACUCCAGUUUACUGUCAUUUGCCCAGUCUACCUGCUGGCAGUUGGCUUUUAGUGGAACUCGCCUUGGUGCUGUAUUGGUUAGAAUGACUGACUAAGGGAGUUUAUCUCAAUGGCAUGUUUUGUUUUUUUAUGUUAAAUCUGAAAUUUGUAAAUACUAUUUGUAUUUUUGUGGGGUGCUUUUUUUUUUUUUUUUAUUUAUUCCAAUUUUUAAACUAGAUCAGCCUAGCUCUAUACCACAUUGGCCUUGUGACUUGUAUUUAGAUGAAAGAUAAUGAAAAAUACUAAUAAUAGAGUAUGAACAUUUUUCUAAAGCAUUAAGAAAAAAACAGUUUGGAUGGUUCAAAACAUACGGGUUUUAAGACAACUUUGUUUCUUUUGUCCUUGAGAAUCUUGUUUGUAUUAAUUGUAGAAUUUUCAAUUAUUUUUUUUCCUGGAGAUUCUAAUGACAUGCCCUUGUAAGACCCUGUCAGACCUUUCCCACUCUCUUUGUAUGUAUUAUAUUAUCAGUUGAUUAUUUUAACUUGUUCAUUGUACUUCCCAUCCUGGGCUGUGUUCUGCUUCUGGAUUUUUAAUUGUAAAUCGUUUUUUUAUAUUUAUGUAUUUUUUUGCUUUUCUAUUUAUUGGAAGUCAAUGUUCUCUCCCAUCUUAUUAGGUAUAUCAAAUGUCAAAAGUUUUCUAUUGUAAUUCCAUUGUAAUAUUUUGAGACGGGGGUCUGUGGGAGGGCUUCCCCCCCUUAUGGUGCUCACCUCCCCUUCACCCCCAUACUCACUAUAUAUAAAUGAUAUCUAUAAAUAAUCCUUCACCUUUUCUCCUAGAUGGUAGGGCACUGGGCUGCAGUAGACAACUAAUGUGAUGCUGUCUUUGAGGUGGAAAGCAAUUCUCCUUCUCCAGCAAGAGUAAUUGUAAUUAUGCUUAGGGACUUUAGUUGCGACGAGUGAUUAACAGUUGGAAUCUGUUAUGGGAUAGAAGGUGCUAUGAUUUAAGACCUUUUUUUCUUUUUAAAAACAAAAAUCUAUUUUUCCUCUUGCAAUACACAAUUUGCUGUUUGUGGUCAUUUAUUUAAACUGCACUGUUUUUGAGAAUUCACACACACACACACACACACACAUGUGCGCGCACACACACACACCAAACUGAGCCAACCAUGUCUAACACUUCGUGAACUUGUGUGAUUUUUAUGACUUAAUAAAUUUUUUUGAUAAAUCAGUGUGGAAGAAUCUUUCUGUUGAGAAAGGUGUCCUCUGUGCACACGAUUCCACUGCAUGCCAUUGCUGAGCAAGACACCUGUGAAUCCUGAAACAUUAAAUUGAUGCCUUUGAAUCUGA